UUCUUUUUUAUUUUCCAUUUAAUUUUCUCAAAAUUUUCAUUUGAAAACUGUUUUUUUUUACUUAUUUUUUUUCUUUUCUAUUUCGAUCAUUCCGUUGAUUUCGGUAGCUUCAGAUUCUUUUGUUUGUAAAAACAAACCCAUUAAAAUCUGUGCUUUCUCCUUUCAUCUUCUUCGGCCAUCGCUGCUACUAAAUAAAAUAUAUAUACAUAUACUACAUAUAUAUAUAUAUACAUUUUUGUACAAAAAAAACAAAGAUGCUCUAUCUUUGAAAGAAAGAAGAGAUGGGGUGCAGCUGAAAGGUUGAAAUUCAGUUCACAACUCACUUUCUCCACUGUUUUGUUGAUUCUUUAGUCGGCUCGGGUUGGCGCCAAAGAAGGAAAAAACCCCGGAAAGAAGGUCUGGGAUCUUUUUUUUUUGUCACAUGAUCAACAGCCAUUGAUGGGUUGUGUGAGUUCGAAGCAGACAGUUUUGGUAACGCCUGCUUUCGAUCACUCAGGCGCUUUACGUGACAAUGCGGGUGCCGCCGGUAGCUCCGGGACCAAUUCGGGUCGGUACCGGAUCGGGUUCUCGGAGUUCGAGAAGAAGCGGAGCAGCGGCGGGAGCAAGAAGAAGAAAAAGAAUGGUAGUAACAGUGGGGGUGUGAGUGAUUUCGGUGGAGGUGGGUUCGGACUGAGUGGGAGCGACUUGGGUGAGUCCGGCCGGGGGAGUUCGAGAUCCGACUCACUGAGUUUGAGGUUGGGGAAUUUGCAAAAGUAUAUAGAAGGUGAACACGUGGCAGCUGGAUGGCCUGCUUGGCUUAGCGCCGUCGCCGGGGAAGCUAUCCAUGGUUGGGUUCCACUCAGAGCUGAUUCUUAUCAGAAACUUGAGAAGAUAGGGCAAGGUACGUAUAGCACUGUGUUCCGAGCUCGAGAUCUCGAAAGUGGAAGUAUAGUUGCUCUAAAGAAGGUGCGGUUUGACAAUUUUGAGCCUGAGAGUGUUCGAUUCAUGGCAAGAGAGAUACUGAUUCUUCGGAGGCUUGACCAUCCAAACAUCAUAAAAUUGGACGGGAUAAUUACUUCCCGAAUGUCGUGUAGCAUAUACCUUGUAUUCGAAUACAUGGAACAUGAUAUCACCGGACUUUUGUCUUGUCCUGACAUCAAGUUCAGUGACUCGCAGAUUAAAUGCUAUAUGAAGCAGUUGUUAUCUGGACUCGACCACUGCCAUUCGCGGGGUAUAAUGCACCGGGACAUUAAAGGAUCAAAUCUCCUUGUGAAUAAUGAAGGAAUCCUAAAGAUGGCUGAUUUUGGUUUGGCGAACUUUUACGGCUCUGGGCGCAGGCAACCAUUAACAAGUCGUGUUGUAACCCUAUGGUACCGUCCCCCGGAACUUUUGUUGGGUUCUACGGAUUAUACUGCAGCUGUGGAUCUUUGGAGUGUUGGCUGUGUAUUUGCUGAACUUCUUCUCGGGAAACCUAUUCUGCAAGGGAGAACAGAGGUUGAACAAUUGCAUAAAAUUUUUAAGCUUUGCGGCUCCCCACCCGAUGAUUACUGGAAAAAAUCGAGACUUCCUCAUGCCACAGUAUUCAAACCACAACAACCUUAUGAUAGUAGUCUUCGUGACGCUUUUAAAGAUUUACCAGCAACUGCUGUGAAUCUAAUAGAAACUUUGCUUUCAGUCGAGCCGUACAAGCGUGGGACUGCUUCCUUAGCUCUUGCUUCAGAGUAUUUCACGACAAAGCCUUAUGCAUGUGAUCCAUCGAGCUUGCCGGUUUAUCCACCUAGGAAAGAGAUAGAUGCAAAACAUCGUGAAGAGGCAAGGAGGAAAAAGAUAAGUGGAAGGGUUCGUGGGCCUGAAACAAGAAAGCCGAUAAGAAAACCCCAUGGCAUAACUAAAUUGGCACCUGUUGAGGAUGCUGCUGCGCAAGCUCAAGGUUCUCAGAAAAUUAAUGGUAACGGUGUGCACAAAGUGAAGCAAAGAAAUGCUACUAUCACCGAGGGAUUGACGAAUCCAUCUACUGAUUCAGUCGAAGAAGCUGCUCACAUAAAGCAUGCAUCCCAAGGUGAUAUUCCUUUCUCGGGUCCAUUACAAGUUUCUACAUCAAGUGGCUUUGCGUGGGCCAAAAGACGAAAAGACGAUGCAUCCAAAAGAUCUCACAGCAGAUCUAUAUCAAGAGGUCACGUUUAUAAUUCCUUAGAACCUUCUGCUCAGUUACACACACGAAAUAAUUGUGAUUCAAAACGACAUGAAAACGGGGAUGUAAUAUAUGGAGGUCGAACUGAUUCUAAAGGCCAUGAUUCAUAUGAAGCUGCCAAGCGUGCUAUGCAGAAACAGUGGAGCCAGUUUGAGCGACCGGAUUCCUUUGAUGCUUCUGACGAGUACCACUCACAAGAGUUAUCAUUGGCACUUUAUCAAAGAGAAGAAAUGGCGGCCAAGAGAAAUAAUUUGGAUUACCAAGAUGAAAGGGAAAAGGUCGAGUUCUCGGGUCCCUUAUUGUCUCAAUCACAUAGAGUUGACGAACUGUUGGAGCGAAACGAACGACAGAUUCGCCAAGCAAUACGAAAGUCAUGGUUCCAAAGAGGUAAAAAACAUGGGAAGUAAUAAUUCUUCAGGCAUUCCCAAGUGCAAAAAGCCAUAAGUUGCUGCAAAGGCCUGGCCCUUGAAUCAUAAUACCAACAACAUCAUCAACAUGAAUUUUGUCUGAAAAAGACGAAAAAAUUGUGAAGACAAAACUGGGAAACUGCAGUAUGAUAUGGUAAAGCUGUUCAUAUAGAGCUUUUAAGUGAAAGAGAAAAAGGGAAAUGAGGGCCCUGGAUAGUUAGCUAUGCUAAUAAGUCUCUUUUUUGCAAAGAACCAUGAUUGAUUUUUUUUUUCCCUUUAAAUUGAAGUUUUCUGCUCACUUUUUUGGAAUAGCAAUUGAUUGAGAGAAGCAGUCUUUUGUAUAUUAUAAAUCAUGAUUAAGGCUUAUAUAGUGUUACUUUGGUGUUCA